GCUCCCAGCACACACAGGGGGAGGCAAGCAGUCCAAAAGACCAGCAAACCAACAGCAAGCUGCUUCUCAUUGUAAGGAGCUAAGGCACUGCAAUAAGACAACGUGUUAAAAGGACAAAGUAAUUUGUGUUCUGAGCAUGUGGGUCUCUUGGGGCAUUUUUUUUGGGUGAGGGCCUCCUGUGGAACACAGUGAUGUGUUUACCUUGGCCAUCACGCAGGCCUCAGCCCACGCUCGAACAGACCUCUGCUUAUUGGCCUUUACCUGAUGGGAAAAGAACACACCACACAGUGUGAAUGAAGACACUGUAGAAUAGCUCAACCCCUUGCUCCUCCCCAACCUGAUGAGCUCCGAAGACAAGCCUAGACAUGAAGUAGCAUUUUUUGAACUGUGAACCAUGACUGCUUUUCUUCUACUGUGUGCCUGCCUCAGUGUCUCCUCUGUAGCAGUAACGUUUGGACAAAUAAUUGAUGAGGACAGUACCCUUGGUGUUAGCAUCCCCGUGGAGCAGCCACUGCGCCCUCUGCUAGGAGGGAAGAUGAUCAUCCCCUGUUAUUUUCAGGACAACACAGCCCACGACCCUGGAGCCCCUACCAUUGCUCCUCUAUCCCAACGCAUCAAGUGGAGCUACAUUUACAAAGGCAAAAUAAGCCUCAUCCUGGUGGCAAUUGGGGGAAUAGUACACACUGAGCCAGAUUAUUUGGACCGGGUGACCAUGGUGAACUAUCCCUCAGUACCCACAGAUGUCACCAUAGAGAUCUCAGAGCUGCGCUCCAGCGAUUCUGGGACAUACCGAUGCGAGGUCAUGCAGGGCAUUGAGGACAACUACGACUCAGUGGAGAUGCAUGUUCAAGGCAUCGUGUUCCACUACCGGGCCAUAACCAGCCGAUACACCCUGACCUUUGACAUGGCAAAGGCAGCCUGCAUCCAGAACAGUGCCGUUAUUGCGACCCCUGAACAGCUGCAAGCUGCUUACGAUGAUGGGUUUCACCAGUGUGAUGCAGGAUGGCUUUCAGAUCGAACUGUCAGGUAUCCCAUUCAUGAGCCCAGGGAGCCUUGCUAUGGAGACAAGGAAAAUUUUCCGGGUGUACGAACAUAUGGAAUCAGAGAUGAUAAUGAGACCUAUGAUGUGUACUGCUUUGCAGAGAAGAUAUCUGGCAAAGUCUUCUACUCCAUGUCCAUGAAAAAGUUUACAUUUUCUGAGGCAUCUGAACAGUGUGUAAAGCUCGGAGCCCAAUUGGCCACUACAGGUCAAUUGUACUUGGCCUGGAAAGCUGGAAUGGAUGUGUGCAAUGCUGGCUGGUUAGCAGAUGGGAGUGUGAGAUACCCUAUCAACAUUGCCCGCCCUCAGUGUGGCGGGGGUCUCCUGGGUGUAAGGACUGUGUACCGUUUUCCAAACCAGACAGGUUAUCCACACCCAGACUCUCUCUAUGAUGCCAUCUGCUAUGAGGGAGAGGAUAAAGUACCCAGUCCUUACCCUCCAGUACCUGUUGUACAUGUGUCAACAGAAUCCCACUCUCCAGUACCUGAUAUUUACAUGACCACAGAUUUCCAAUCCCCAGUACCUGACAUUUACAUAACCACAGAAUUACAUUCUCAAGUACCUGAUAUUUACGUGACCACAGACACUGAGUUUAGUGUAGGCACUUUCACUUCCAGUCCAGUAGCCUAUCCUGAGAGUGUCACCACUGAGGGUGAAGCUCGAGGGGAGUUUGUAACUCAUGAGCCCUACGUUACCACCAUGGUACCACCCCCUUCCAUCCCUCCUACUGUAAUUGAGACUGUCACUGAGGAUGCGAUCGUUGUAGCUACAGUUCCGCCUGCUCUGGAAAACGAGUUACCCAGAGAUAAUGUCAGCACUGUUCCAGAAUUUAAAGGAGUGGUGUUCUACUACCGCUCAGGUUCAGGGCGCUACGCUUUCAACUUUCGUGAGGCUCGGGUCAUCUGUUACAGUCAGAGAGCUGAAAUAGCCACACCCAAGCAGUUGCAGGCAGCCUAUGAGGGUGGCCUGCAUCAGUGCAAUGCUGGCUGGCUCCAGGACCAGUCUGUCAGAUACCCUAAUGCCAAUCCUGAGGAGUGCUCUGGAGAUCAAAAGAAUGCUUCUGGGGUGAUCUCUCAUGGGCUUAGGCCUGCAUAUGAACGCUAUGAUGUGUAUUGCUACAUCGACAAAAUACAGGGGGACGUCUUCUAUGUCAAUUCCCUGGCAAACCUUACCUACCAAGAGGCGGCAGAUUACUGCCAUAGCCAGAAUGCCACCCUGGCCUCCACAGGGGAGCUGUAUGCUGCCUGGAGUCAAGGCUUCCAUAACUGCAACCCAGGCUGGUUGUCUGAUGGCAGCGUCCGCUACCCAGUUCAAACGCCACACCUCAGCUGUGGUGUAAAUAAAACAGGAAUUUACACCAUUUAUGCUAACCCUGACCAGACUGGAUUCCCAGAUCCUUACUCCAGAUAUGAUGCUUACUGUAUUAGAGCUCUUCCACUUAGCUCUCCAGAAUCUAUGGCAGAAAGUGGUUAUGGAUCUGGCAGUGGGUUACCCAGUGCUGAAGGUUCCAGCAGUGGCUUCCUCAGUGGAGAUGUAUCUGGCACUGACCUUGCCAGUGCUGAAGGUCCCAGCAGUGGCUUCCCCAGUGGAUAUAUAUCCGGCAGUGGCCUUUCCAGUGCUGACGGUUCCAGUAGUGGCUUCCCCAGUGGCGAUGUGUCCAGCAGCACAAUCUCCAGUGGCAGUGUGUCUGGGUCUGGUGAAAGUGGUGAUGGCUCAGGCGUCUUUCUCAUCCACCAUGAGAGUGUAGACAUGCUGCCAGCGGGACCUGUUUUAGGAGGCUCUCAAGAAGCAACAGAAGGGAGUGCAGAGUUUUAUGCCUCGGGAAUAGAAUCUGGAGACGUCAGUGGGGACCACUCAGGAUCAGGUGAUGUGUCUGGAUCUGGACAGGAUAGAAGUGGGUCUGGCGGUCUGCCAACUGGAUCUGGCAGUGGAGAUAUGAUCAUCUUGGUUGAUCAUUUAUUGACCUAUAUGCCCUUUCCACAGCCUAAAACAGAGCAAGAAGUCAGUGGCUUCAGUGGGAUCACAAGUGGCUCUGGAUUCAGUGGCAUGCCCAGUGGUGAUGUCAUGAGUGGCUCUGGAUUCAGUGGCAUGCUCAGUGGUGAUGUCAUGAGUGGCUCUGGAUUCAGUGGCAUGCACAGUGGUGAUGUCAUAAUUGGCUCUGGAUUUAGUGGAGUGCCCAGUGGUGAUGCCAUUAGUGGCUCUGGAUUCAAUGGAGUGCCCAGUGGUGAUGUCAUGAGUGGCUCUGGAUUCAGUACAAUGCCCAGUGGUGAUGUCAUAAGUGGCUCUGGGCUCAGUGGUGUCCAUAGCGGUGAUGUCAUGAAUGGAUUUAGUGAACAUCACAGCAGAACCUCUGGAUCCACUGUUCUGUUUUCUGGGCCUUCAUAUAAAGAGGAUAUAAGUGGCAAUGGAGGUUUGCUUCUUGACUUGGAGGAUGUUAAUGCCACUGAUGUUUCACCUAUCAACACCACCAGUACAACCACAUUAACCGUUACAACCAGUCCCUUGACAUUGCGCCUGACACCACCUACCAUGGACCAUCCCAUUGUUACUGAGGCAGCACAAGGAUGUGCAGAUGACUGGGUGGAAUUUGAGGGCAGCUGCUAUGUACACUUCACUGAAAGAAUGAACUGGACGAAUGCUGAACAGCACUGCCGGGAGCUAAACUCUCAUCUGCUUAGCAUCACUUCCAAGCAAGAGCAAAUAUUUAUCAACGAUAACAUUUGGGACAACCAGUGGAUUGGACUCACUGACAGAGACCAGCAAAAUGAGUUCCGCUGGACAGAUGGAAGCCCUUUGGAAUAUGAAAACUGGAUACCGAGACAGCCAGAUAAUUAUAUUAAUGCUCCAGAAGAAUGUGUAGCAAUGAUUCGGCGUGAGUUUGGCCAAUGGACUAAUGUGCCUUGUAACUACCUUCUGCCCUUCACAUGCAAAAGUAGAUCUGGCAAAUGCUCCACACCUCCUGAGAUUGAAAAUACCAGGAUGUUAGGAAACAGCAGGGAGUACUACCCAGUCAACUCCAUCAUCCGCUAUCUGUGUGACCCCGGCUUCACACAGCGGCACCACUCUGUGAUACGCUGCAUGCCAGACGGCCAAUGGGAAGAGCCUAAAGUGGAAUGUGUAGAACGCACUGCAAUACACAUACUACAAAAAAGAUCCCUCAAGUGGCAUUCCAAAGCAGUCAGCAGUCGAACAUGAAGAAAGGUCCUCUAAGCAGGACACAAGGCACGCACUUCAAAUCAUCUAGAGGACUGUUGUUAGCAUAAAGCAUCUCUGCACAAGUCUUUUUUGCCCAGAAGAAAUCCAGUAGCCUCGGUAACAGGGUCCACUUUAUACAAUGAUGCACAUUACUUUCUGUUCUGUAGUCCGCCUGGCUGAUUUAUUUUCGAGUGUUACUCAGUGCCUUGCUGUUGGGGAAAAAGAAGAAGGAACAAGUUUUCUGAGUGAAAGUCCAAGGAAAGAAUAUCUUCCCACCAUUAAGCAGUUUUAUUUCUUAUACAACCUAAUGUUUAACCCAGAGUUAACCCCCUAAAGUCCCAGCUUGUUUUUAGUUACUCAAGCUUGAGCAUAUUAUUCAGUAACUACUUGGAAUUAUUCAGUAACUACAGUGAAAUUAAAUUGAAAGUCAUGUAGUUACAAGAGUGAAGAAUGUGAGUGGACCAUACAGUGGAUAAAAGUCUAAAAACUAAAUCUGAAAAAAUAAAUUAGAUAAUUUUAGAUUUUUAAUCAAUAACAGGCUGAAUAUUUUGUGGAGAUGGGGAAAAAUGAAGCCCUGGAAACAAACUGCUUGAAAAGUAUUCUUUGUGCUCAACUGGUGACAACUGUUGGUUACUUUAUUCUUCCUGUUUUGCAUCAUUUUCUUUGCUUUUCCAUGAGAAAAGCUUGAGUAAAAGAGAGAAAGAGUGAGUGAUUGUAGGGUGGGCAUAAGAGUAACACUUAUAUAAAAAGACAAAAGGCUUCAGUGACUACAGCUGGAUAUAAUAAACUCAAAAGUAUUUCAAAUUAAUUCUGAGGACACGAUUUUUUUCUUGUUUUGUCUUUGUUGUUUGUCCUUUGUUUGUACGUCUAGCUUCAACACAGAAAACAAAUGAGACUGUGAAAAAUAAAACAUCCAUUUCUGUUCACUGGAAACUUUAAAAUUCGUGAUAUAAAUUAACAGCUGAAAUGAGAACAAUAUUUAUUAAAGACUAAAAGCUUGAAGCACAUUUAAUUGUCUUUUCAAUUAGGAAAGCUAGUCCCCGUAUGAAGCAAUGCUUAUAUUACAGAGAGACAGAGGAUUGCUAAUUGCAUAGAACCGCCUGCCAAAAAACAAUUCCUACGCUGAUAAUGGAAGAUGGCACCACAAAUAUUAACAUGUUCACAUGCCAAAAUUUAGCUGGGUAACCCAGAGCUGUCUCUGUAAGGUAAGCGGUGAUUAUUGCACUGGUUUGUAUUUUAGUCAUACAGAGUAAUAGCCUACACUUUUAUAUGCCAUUGUCUUGCUGUCAACUGUUACACUGAGCUCAUAGCUAUCUGAGUGCCACACCUGUGUCCACUGAAUAAACAGAGACUAAAUA